UCUAAUUCUUUAUUCUGACAUUUGACAUUUUGACAAUUUUACUCUACAAAUGGAAGAAAGACCUUCACAGGAGUGUAAAUUUCACAUGUAAAUGCACCAAUUGCAAAAGACAGAGUGAAGUUUGUUCAUUUUGAAUGGACGAGAUGGCAAACUCUGACAACGAGGUGAAAACACUUCUGAACUUUGUCAAUUUGGCUUCAAGCGACAUCAAGGCAGCACUUGACAGAUCAGCACCCUGCAGAAGAUCUGUAGACCACCGAAAGUACCUGCAGAAACAACUGAAGCGAUUCUCACAGAAAUACUCCAAGAUUCCUCGCUGCUUUUCACACCGAGCCAAUGACUCUUUGACUUUCCCUAGAACAUCACAGGAUAAAGCUGCUGUAUUCAGGCAUGAGGGUGUUCACGAAAACUUUCACCGACUGGCUGACAGAAGAGAGUUGAACUUUGCAGAGGAACAGCUACACGUGGAUUUGAACCCAAAUGUGGAGGAUGAAGCGAGGUCGGGUCAAGUGCCCAUGCGCAAACGGCAACUUCCCGCGUCCUUCUGGAAGGAGCCUCAGUCCUCACCGGACAGCCGAGAGCGUUUGGAGCAUUUUCUUAAAAACAAUAGUAAUGGAACCAUCAGAGCUCCGGUCAUUAAUGGUGAGAAAAGAAAGAUGGUUUAUGAGGAAUUGAACCCAAACCUGUUGUCUGGUGAUAUGGAUCCACGGAGGAGUGUGAUGUGCACGUGCUGCCCUCUUCAGUACCGGGGGAGUCACGCGCUUUAUGGACGCUUUAUCGUCCCUCACAUGGACAAAACAACUGAGAUGAAUAUCGAAAUAUCGCACAACAUUUCCAACGGACUUCACAAUAACAGCACACAUGUGAUUGUCAAGCCAAUUCCCACUAAACCAGCUGUUUCUCCCUCCAUUUUCAGUGUGUUCGGGUUUAUUUAG